GCGUGGCGCGCAGGCGCAGACGAGUCCGGACCGGGCGGCCCCGGAGCCGACGGACCCGGCAGGCUGCGGCGGCGGCGGGAAGAUGGCGGAGCUGCGAGCGCUCGUGGCCGUCAAGCGAGUCAUCGACUUCGCUGUGAAGAUUCGGGUGAAGCCGGACAAGUCAGGAGUGGUGACGGAUGGCGUGAAGCACUCCAUGAACCCCUUCUGCGAGAUCGCCGUGGAGGAGGCCGUGCGGCUCAAGGAGAAGAAGCUGGUGAAGGAGGUCAUCGCUGUCAGCUGUGGGCCCACCCAGUGCCAGGAGACCAUCCGUACCGCCCUGGCCAUGGGCGCAGACCGAGGCAUCCACGUGGAGGUGUCAGCUGCAGAGGCCGAGCGCCUGGGGCCCUUGCAGGUGGCCCGGGUUCUGGCCAAGUUGGCUGAGAAGGAGAAAGUGAACCUGGUGCUGCUGGGCAAGCAGGCCAUCGACGAUGACUGCAACCAGACAGGCCAGAUGACGGCUGGAUUUCUGGACUGGCCACAGGGCACAUUUGCUUCCCAGUUGACACUGGAAGGGGACAAGAUGAAAGUGGAGCGGGAGAUCGACGGGGGCCUGGAGACCCUGCGCCUGAAGCUGCCCGCGGUGGUCACCGCCGACCUGCGACUCAACGAGCCCCGCUAUGCCACGCUACCCAACAUCAUGAAAGCCAAGAAGAAGAAGAUCGAGGUGAUCAAGGCCGGGGACCUGGGAGUGGACCUGACUUCCAAGAUCUCGGUGGUCAGCGUGGAGGACCCGCCUCAGCGCACAGCCGGCGUCAAGGUGGAGACCACAGAGGACCUGGUGGCCAAGCUGAAGGAGAUCGGGAGGAUUUGAACGCUUUCCUGAAACUCCGCAAUAAACUCUGUCUCUCCUGA